UUCAGGGACCCUGGACCCACCAGCGACCUCUCUGGGAUCUCAAGUGGACUUCUGUAAGGGAAUGCCAGAGGGGCCGUCUCUGAGGAAGUUCCACCAGUUGGUGGCCCCAUUUGUGGGGCAGCUGGUGGUCACUGUAGGGGGCAAUACUAAGAAGAUAAACCCUAAGAUGCUAGAGAUCCUCCGGCUCCAGGAUUCACAGGUCCUUGGAAAGAAUUUGUAUCUUAACUUUGGCCUAGCUGAAGACCUGGGGCUUCCCGACAAUGUCCUAUUGCCAAAGCAUCUCCAGAAGCAAGUGAACCUCCCGAAAGAGAUGAGUGACCAUAAACCUGAAUCUACCUUAGGGCUAGAUGGACAAGAAGUUCCUGGCUCAUCUUCAGACAUUAAAACACUUGAGCUUGGGGGAGAAGAAAAGGACCCUGUUAAUAAGCCUUGGUGGAUAAAUACUUCCCAAAAUUCUGGACCUUGGCUUUGCUUCCAUUUUGGUAUGUUUGGUAACGUUCGGGCAAAUGAAUUCUCCAGAGCCACAAAAGCCAACAAGAGGGGAGAUUGGAAGGAUCCCUUACCCAGGUUGGUUCUGCACUUUGCAAAGGGCUUCCUGGCAUUUUACAAUUGUCAGAUAUAUUGGUGCUUGGGACCAACAGUCAAACCAACUUCAGAUAUCCUCUCUCAGGAGUUUGAUCGAAGGCAAGCUUUGGAAGCUUUGAAGCAGGCUAACCCUGUCUGCUAUACUCUUCUGGACCAAAGAUACUUCGCUGGCCUGGGAAACAUCAUUAAGAACGAAGUUUUAUACUUGGCCAGAAUCCAUCCCCUCUCUUUAGGUUCUUGCUUAAGUCCUUUGAACCUUGAGUCCUUGCUGGAUCAUGUUGUGAGUUUCAGCAUUAGUUGGCUUCAGAAAAAAUUGGAGGGGAAACCACAGCACCAUCUGAUCUACCAGAAAGAGAAGUGCCCUGCUGGACACCAGAUCAUGAAGGAUAGUUUUGGGCCUCCAAAUGGUUUUCAGAGACUCACCUGGUGGUGCCCCCAUUGCCAACCCAAGGUGGCACCAGAAGAGCCUAUUGAAGUUCAGGUCACUCAGGAACAGCUUCCUUAAUGUAUCUUGUGUACCUGUAAAAGAAUGUUCCUUCCACCCCCCCACCCCUUCCCUUUUUUGGUACUGAUUGAGCUAUAUGUUAAAUUAGGUGGGGCAUGCACAGAAAGGAACAGAAGGAAGUACAGACAAGACAGUUUUGAAAGUAAAAUGUAGAAUUAUAUACUUUUUUUUAAACAGGUGAUCUGAAAUGUAGAUUUACAAUUUCAUACAAUUCUCUUUUUGUGUCCUCUGUACAUGAAACACUUCUUUUUUGGUAUUUAAGUUCAGAAUAAAAAGAUAACUAGGGUGGGGCUCAUUCAAGAAGUUUCUAUGAUGUUCAUUUGGGUCCCCUUUUCUUGAGAUACUCCCCUUUUUGAAAUCUCAGUGUGGGCAACUGGCUCUAGAAAAACAAUGCCUUUUGCAUGUAGAAGUUUUAUGUUAAGAAAGAAACCUUAGCCAAUUUUUCAUAUUUCAUUUUCACCCUUAAAAGAGGAAAGGGAUAUAUUUUGACAGUAGUUGAAAGGAAAAUCUCCUGGGGUCAAAGCUUUACAAUUAGAAUAUAGACAUUUGCAAAAUCAUCUGUGAAUCUAUGUAUUUGUGAGAGGAUAUUUUCUUUUUACACAUUCUAGGUUUAACAAUGAGAGGUAGAAACAUGAAGCUGUUGGCCAGAAAGAGCUCUGGGGUAGAGGAUGGGAGGUAGCAAACCAUAGGUUUGUUUCAUUCAUUUGAGGUUUUUUCCCCCUGAUUGAUGCUAUUUAAAAAUCAAAAUGUUAAUAUUUACA